CAAUAGAGGAAGUGUACUUUGUUCAGCAGGGAGGGGCUUGUGGUUUCCUUAGAAAGUGUGGACUUAAUAAUUGUUACAAUACGAAGGCGAUGUUCCUUUUAACUCUAUAACAAUUGCAAAUACAAUGUAAUUAUAAUAAACAAGCACCAUCUUGAAUACCGAACAAAAUAGAGGACGGUGUAAAAAGGCGGUUCACAUCAAAGCGGAACAAGAAAGGCGCUCGCUCGCAUCCGUCCUUCCUCCAUCGGUGAUACUGAAAAGCCUCCACACAAUAUUGUCCUUGUUUAUCCGUCCUUUAAUUUCUCAUUUCAGGCAUCCUUGCUAUCAAAAGGCUCAUUCUAGACACAUUACACAACAACCCUGUCCCCCAGCAACCAUGUCCACAGCCCUAAAACAAGUCUUCAACAAGGACAGGACAUUCCGGCCCAAGCGCAAGUUUGAGCCUGGAACGCAGCGCUUUGAGCUGCACAAGAAAGCACAGGCGUCCCUGAAUGCCGGCCUGGACCUGAAGCAGGCGGUGCAGCUGCCGCAUGGUGAAGACCUCAAUGAUUGGGUGGCCGUUCACGUGGUGGACUUCUUUAACCGCAUCAACCUCAUCUACGGCACCAUCAGCGACUCCUGCACAGACCAGACCUGCCCCGUUAUGUCAGGCGGGCCUAAGUACGAGUACCGCUGGCAGGAUGAACAAAAGUAUAAGAAGCCCACCGCUGUCUCAGCACCCAAAUACAUGAGCCUGCUAAUGGACUGGAUUGAGGUCCAGAUCAACAAUGAGCACAUCUUCCCCACUAAUGUUGGUACGCCCUUCCCUAAGACCUUCAUGCAGGUUGCAAAGAAGAUCUUGUCUCGUUUGUUCCGAGUCUUUGUCCAUGUGUACAUCCACCAUUUCGACCGCGUGAGCCAGAUGGGAGCAGAGGCCCACGUGAACACCUGUUACAAACAUUUCUAUAACUUUGUUACUGAAUUCAACCUCAUAGACCACAAAGAGCUGGAACCUCUGAAAGAGAUGACAUCACGGAUGUGCCACUGAAAAAGAGAGCGGACCUUUACAUUUCAGACAGAUCAGAACCAUGCAAAUUUACAAUUUCAAAGCAGAUGAAACAGAAACCAAACUUUAUUUUUUAUACACUUUAAUGUACUGUAAUAUUCUGUGUAGAGGGAGAGACAUGUACAUCUCUCCGUAUUCUCAUGUGUAGGCAUAUGCAGAGUAUUUUUUAUUAGAAAUCAGUAUUAUCAGUUAUUUUUGUUUCAAAAUUGUUCUGAAUAAUUUCUUUUGUUCUGUUGAGCUGUUAUAAUCUUUAAUUUACAGAUUAUAUUUGACUAUUUAUGUCUGUGGUUGAGAUAUUAAACCCACUUCCUCAUGUCUGUAUGUCAUCAGUUCUGUUCUCAGUUACUGGUUGUGUUUGCAUCAUCACUAAUUCUCACUAAAAACUUGAUGAAGCGGUAGGACUUAAUGUCUGACUACUAUAAAAGUUUAAGAUAUCAUUCAGUACAUCAUCCCUGGAAUUUUAUUUAAUAACCUCAUAGUCAUGUAGUUUUUUCUGCUUUUGUUUUAAUCUUUUCUGUUUCUAAAAUGAAAGACAAUCCUGUUUCUCCA